ACAGUUCACAGCAGGUUACUGCAGUAACAACAUCAAGUAAAACAUUACCUUAAACUCUACAAUGAAAUUGUUCGUGGUAGCCGCUGUGCUCGGUGUCUGCUUAGCAGACCGCCUUGACAACAAAUACCUGCCGCCCAGAGGCAAUGCUGGAGCCGGUUUUGGCCCUGGUUUCGGCCUGGCUCCGGGAGCCGGUGGCUUUGGAGGCAACGGAGGUCUGGGACAGGGAGGCUUCGCUCCACAACCGAGCGGAGGCUACAACGCCGCUUCCCAGGCCUACAGCAGCCGCUCUCAAGCCUCAGCUGACGCUGGUGCUCAGAUCCUCAGACUGAACAAUGAAGUUACCGCUGAAGGCUUCUCCUACGACUUCGAAACCUCCAACGGAAUUCGUGCUGAUGCGCACGGAGUAGCCACUAACGGUGUCCAGUCCCAAGGCAGCUUCGCCUACAAGGGUGAUGAUGGUCAGGACUAUAGUAUCACUUACACCGCCGACGAGAACGGAUACCAACCUCAGGGCGCGCAUCUUCCCACCCCUCCUCCAAUCCCCGAGGAAAUCUUGAAAUCUUUGGAACAGAACGCCCGUGAUGAGGCCGCUGGUAUCAGUGAUGAUGGUACAUACCAUGGUGAAGGUGCCGGCUCUGGUGCUGCUGCCUACUCCAGCUCUGGAUCAGCUGGAUACUCCUCAGGUGGCCAUAGCUCUGGCUUCGGCGGUGCUGGAAGCGGUGCUUUUGGAGCCGGAUCCGGUAGCGGUGCUGGUGCCGGUGGCUUCGGAGCCAGUGCUGGUGGUUUCGGUAGCCGCGGAGCCGGAUUCGGUGGUGCCGCCUCCCGUCAGUACCUGGCACCGAACGCCGGCUCCCGGGGCUCGGGUUCUGGUAACUUCAACGCUCAAACCGGCUACAAAUACUGAUUCGACCUAAAAUCAAAUCUAGAUGAUGAUUUUUAAAUUACCAACGACUUUUAAUAUGUAAAUUAAUGUAAGUAGGCUCUUGCUUGUCGAAGAACAAAUCGUCUUUUCACAUUAAAAGUGUACAAUUUUAUAAAAAUAUUCAAAAUCGAGUUAAUAUGCGGAAUCAUUUGGUAUCACCAGUAUUUUUUUCAUAAAUACUGUCAAAAGAGCACAGUUUAAUUCUAGUUUUUUUUUUAGUUUACCUAUGUUUUGACGACUAUUAACAUAAUUGAUAUCUUACUUUAAAAGAUAGAUAAUGUAACUGGUAAAAAACAAAACAAAAUCAUGUUGCAAAGAUGAUUAAUAUUAAAAACACCACAUGUUAAA